AUGGUAUCCGCCAAGGGUACAGAAAAUGGCUGCUGGUUACAAAACGUGGAGGACAAUGUCACAGGCAACAUGGAAUGCAGAAAACGACAGCGGAGUGACAUACAUCAGUUUAACACCGAUUAUAUUCGAUCCUUGAGGCGAUGGAUAGGUAAAGACGAGACGAGGAACAUUGAAGAUAAAAAGGGGAUCAGGCUGACUAAGACGUCGAGCAAACUUCUAGCAAGACUUUUACUAGAUCGCAUUGACUCAAGGUAG